GGGCCUCCUCGGCUCCGCAAAAUGGCGGCAGGAAGGGCCGGGCCGGGGGCGUGCGAGCGGAGCCACCGCGGCAUCUCCCGGCCGGGGGCACCGCCGCAGCCCCGAACCGAGCCCGCGGGGAGCAGGCAGCACGCCGGGCGCAGCGAGGGGCGGCUUCGGUGCCUUCGUCCUCCGAAGGGAGGCGGGCAUGCAUCAACUCGGCUGCUCUCUGUGGCGUAAACAUUGGCUGGAGGCAGACUGGUGAUUGCUCCUUCAGGAGGUGGGACUGCUGUAAAACUGAAGGAAAUGAAAUUUCAGGGCAGGAGCUGGAUGAAAAUGCUGCCUGCUAGAAAGCAGAGGGAGGUGAGUCAUGGCAACUUGACUGGCUUUCUGUUGCUACAGUACCAUGAUGUUAUUCUACUGUUUCCUCAGAAGUUACAGUGGCUGCAGUCACUCAAAGCUGCUUUGUGAGGGGAAAGGUACCAUAGGUAUGUAAGGUGUGCUGGGGUAGAUCUGUGUUUUAAAGGGGCCAUGUAGAAGCAUGAGGUUAUGCAGCUUCAGGACCAAGCUGAGAAAUUGUGCCAAAUCCCAUUUGGAAACUAGGAGGAAAAAAAAAGACAUCGUUUAUUAUUGUUAUGAUUAUUAUUACUGUUUCAACCUUCCAUAUCUGUGUAAACCUUCAAAUAAAUUAAAACAGUAACCUUUUUUUCCUCUCUAUGUUUUCACAAAACUGUUUGCUAUAUGUGCACUAAUCCUUAGGCCAGCUGCAGCAAUCAGUGUCUGCCUGAACCGAUGGCAGAACCGGGCUCACAUGGGGGAAGAGAAUGCACGUGAAGGGAGCAUUAAAGCACAUGGGCUGUGCCUUUGGGAUCUGAGUGGAUUUUGGAGGAAAGCGUUUUGCUGGGCUAAAGUACUUCCUUGUGUAUGCCAAACCUAACAGUACCUGGAAUGGACAGGACCAGUCUUGCUCCAGCUCUAACACGGCAGCCUCCUGUGCGUGCAGGCAGUGCGUGCACUCACUGUCAUCUUUUGUUUGCAAAUGUAUUCAUGUCAUUUUGAUAACUGCCUUGGUGGCUUGGUUGUCACUUCUUCUAUUGCGACUAGCUGAAGAACAGAGGAAAAGAAAUGUAACUCUCCAUUGGUAAGGAAUUAGAUGGAUUUCUCCUUUUUACCUAAAGGGUCUUCUUCACAAAAAGCCCUGUACAUAAAGGCCCCUCUUGUAUGAAACACUACUCUGUAACAUUAAGAUUGGGAUUUCAAGACCUAGUGUAAUUCUUUGCUUCAAAACAGAAAGCUGUGACGGGUAGGAAUCACCCCGGGAGCUCCAUUUGUCCUGUAAAUAUGCUCCAUUCGUGCACAGUCAGAUCAUGGAGGCUGUGUGCUUUCCUGAACUGACUGCCUCAGCCGGCGGGCGCGAGGGUUACCCGCCGACGGCCGUUGGGCUCGCGCGGGCCGUUGGCGGUCCCUGAGGUGAGGCGGGAGCGCUGCCCCCCGGCGGCUGAGGACGAGAGCGGCUGAGGGCCGGGCGGUGGCGGUGGGACGCGCCUCCUCGGAGCGGCCUGCAGAGUAUCGUUCUCUGCUCCAACAGACUUCGCAGCCUGGUCUUUCUUGCAGUGUACUUCAGUAUUUAACACCCGUAACGCUGUUUAUUUAAGAAACUUACUUCUAAAAUUCGGCCUGACGAAGCCGAUUCGGUUACACUGUCAAGUGACGUAAUUUUUUGCUCCUCCCCCCCACCCUUGCUUUUAAAGGUAGAUCUGAAUAGGUUACUCUUGACAGUGUGCAUCCCCUGACAAGGCGCUUUCUGAUGAUGGAUAAACAAGCAACUGCUAAAUUAUCUACUGUUUUUACUUCGGGGGCUGUCAGAGGAUGCAGGAAGAGGGACAGAACGUUACAAACUGCAAAACUGAAUGCUUCUUUGGCAUCUAAAAUCAAAUCUAAAUUAAUAAAUAAUUCAUCAAUGUUGAAAGUAUCUUUAAAGCAAAAUAAUAAAGCGUUAGCUCUGGCUUUGAGCAUGGAGAAAGAAAGUUCUCGGAAGCUGAAGAAUGAGAAGAUUUUUCUUCAGAAAGAAGUAGAAAAGCUGCAGCUUCAUAAUAUCCUGCUUCGCCGAAAACUAAGCUGUUUGAAUAAAACUCUUAGAGAAAUAGGAGCAUUUUUGAGUGAUAACCUCUUAACUGCAAUAGAAAUAAGUAGUCUUUCUGAGAAUCUUCAGAGUUCUUUUCCUCUGUCAGACAGUCCAAGUAGCUGUACUGAUGACCAGUUGAAGAGUACAUGUCAGUCAGUGAGAUCUGUAGAACUGCCAGUGAAGCUUCCUCUACCUGCAACAUCUGCUGGAAAACAGCAAGAAAAUCAGCUUUGCACAGAACUAAGCAGUAAUAGCGCGUUCCUAGCUCAUGUCAAUAACGUACAACCUCUAAGACAGCCUGAGGAGUUUACAAGACAAGAUUCAUUGCCGUUCUGUGGAAAUGUGACUGAAAGAAGGAAAUGUGCAACACAUCAUGGGUCAAAACCACAACUUAAUAUAAAGGAUUUUGAUAAAAAAUGUAGCUCAAAUCUGCUUCUUCAUGGUAGCAGCAGCAGCAAUGAGGUGAAUGUGAAGGAAAGUCCAAGUGACUUGUCUCGCGUUAUUCCUUCACAACUUGAUUUUAGCAGUGAAUGUAAGGAGAUGCUUCCUAUUGAUGGGAUUAAAUCCGAAGAAACUGUUUAUGAUGCUGAUAUGGAGUUGACUGCCAGCGAUGCAGGUGAACUGCUCACAGUUGCAUCAAAAAACAAAUUACAUAAAAAUAAUAAUGCCAGUUCUGAUAAAGUACUGGCAAAAUUCAGGAAAGUAAAAUAUUCUAAUAGUGACAAAGAGAAAAUUAAAACUAAGACAGAAGCCAGUUCAAAUUUUUAUGCAGAAGAAAAGCACGCUAGGACUGACAACAGUAACAUUUCAAAAACUGCUGACUUACAAACUCAGCUGUUCCAAAGUCAAACAGAACAGCUACCUAACCAGAAUUCUACAGAGAAACAGAAUUUACCAAAUGCCAAUGACUGUAAUCAGGAACAAAACUAUGUAAGUAAGGAUAAAGAUACUAGAAGAACGUAUCUAGUUAGCCUAGUGCAUCAAAAACAAGAACAAGAAGCAAAUAAAGGAAAUUCCUCAGAAACUUCAGAAGAUGCGGAAAACAAAAUAAUAAAAGCAUACUCAAACUUAUCUAGUAGUGAGAUCCCACCUCAAGUUUGCUGUGCUAAAAGCUCGGCAUUCCAGGGUAACACCUCUACUGUACCACGUUCACAGCAGGACUUUCUAUAUGAAAAUGAGAAUGGUGUCAGACUGCUAAGAAACAGGAAAACCUUUCAGAACCCUUCUAAAAUGAACACAGCCACAUACUGUAAAGUAGAUCAUGGGAAGUAUGAAGUAUAUGGUUCAAAAAAGUCUCAAACAGACAGGUGCCAAUGUGACAGCAAGAGAAAACAAGACCAGAAGAAUAUUAUAAAGAGUAAAUGCAACAAAAAAGGUGGUUACAGACAAAGAGAAACUGAAAAUGAGAGUGCUGAUAAAAUUAUUAAAAAAGUAGAUCAAAAGGGUGGUAAUUUUUCACCAGGCAGAUUAAAACGUAUGUUGACAAAGGCUACCCAUGAAGCAUGUGUAAUACCAACUAAAGAUCUUACUACGUUCUCGCUUUGCAAAAGUGAAGAAUUAAAAAAUAUGGAUGCAUUGUGCACACGGGCUGUUCAUGGAAAUAAAAUAACUGAAACACAGCAAUCUCAAGGAGCUUUAGUUGCUCAGAAUGAUAUGGCUAUAAAUACAUCGCAAACUAAAGCCUCCACACAAAAUGUUGGCAACAAUGCCGAUACGUUAAAGAGAGUAGAUGCCUCACCAGCAGCACAUGAAGAAUCUAACAUUAGUAAUUCUUGUGACAAUCAAGUAAAAGAAAAAGAGAGCCUUUGUUCUGGUAUUAUGGAGAGCAGACAGAAAAAGAAUUAUUUCAGACAUAUUGAUCAGGGACAGCUGAAUUUUCUGGAUGACCAGGAAGUCUCUCAUGAGAUGGAUGCCUCUAUGAACAAGUUAAAACCCACAGUGCAAAAGUUAGAAAUUUUAGAAUCCUUACCUGUAGAUUGCUCUAAGAAUUUGACAGCAAGUACAGGUAGCUUUUUCCAGAGUGGUUUUCCUGAAAUGAGGCUCACAGCUCCUGAUAACCUUAAUGCUUCCAUGAACUCUAUACUGAAAAAUUCAGAAAUUUUAGGGAAAAUUGAUCAAGAUAAAGCACUGGAUUCUGGAAAAGCAAAGCAAAAAUCAGAUCAUAUUUCUAAAGAGAUUUAUGAAAAGACUUUGACGCAUUGUCAUGGGAGGACAGCUUUGCAAGAUGUGACAAAUACCAGUGAGCUUUCUCACACUUCCUUACCGAAAUCCUCCCAGAUUUUAGAAGAAAACUCAGCAGAACCAGUUAGACGAGGAAGAGCUGCUAUUUGCUACAAAGAACCCCCUCUAAACAGAAAAUUAAGACGUGGAGAUCAGUUUACAGAUACACAAUUUCUGCAUUCCCCAGUCUUUAAAGUAAAAAAGAAAAGAAGCUUUAAAAGUAAAUCAAAAUUUAUUUGAAGAAGACAAGAGAAUUGCCUUUAUGAACAGUACUUCUGAAAUGGUACUUCUUUUCUUCCCCCCCCCAAAAAAUAUAUUUUAGUAGUAUUGGAUGCUUGUUGUUCUGUGAUAGCUAAAUGUAAAACAAAGACUUCAAAGUGGAAGCUCUUGGAAAAGACCCACAACAUGAAGGACACGGAACUCUUCACCAAAGAAGGAAAAUUCAGGUUAGGAUCCAGUCUUGUGUUCUGAAUUUUUGGUCAGUAAUUUAUAAUCUGUUCAAAGUAUUUGCAGCACUUAUUAAUUUGUAAGAAAAGUGGAAGUUUGAAUGAGAAUAAAAAAAAUCACAUUUGUGAA